AUGGACGAAUCACCCAUAACACUAACAAGCAUUAUAUUGAUAGCAGUUUUUCUUAUAAUACUUGGUAUGAUAUUGUAUCGUUAUUUAACAAAUCGAGAAACAUUUUGGACACGUUCUUAUAAAGAGGAAAAAAUUGGACUCUCCGCUCACAAACUAUUCAAGCCCAAUGGAUAUAUGAUUCAUUCCGGUUCCGAACUGUUGCUUAGUUCCAGUGGUAGCUUUAAACGCUUCGAUACCGUAGACAAAGAAAGUUGUAAAAACACCCAAAACUCUCCCAAACACGCAACAACGCCAUUGUGGAAUUUAUCACAAAACGAAAGUGAAAUACCGCCGCAACCCUUAAGACCCGCACCAGCUCCUGGUACAUCCCAAACAGCAAACAGUGCAAGUCAUACAAAAAUUGUUACCUUUUCGGUGAAUCUCGAAAACGAGAGCCCUUUCAUUAGCCAGCACAUUAGGGAAAACGGCGAUAUGUUUAGAUCCAGUAUAUUGCAAUCAAAUCUAAAACGACCGGUUGAUAUACCAGUGUUGGAGGCACCGCCUCCCACGAAAUUAACCAAUAAUGUUGUGGCCUCUGUAACGGGCACAGCAAUACCACGGCCAGUGGUUAAGAAAUCACCUCAACAAAAUGGCUUUUAUAUGGAAGACAAUCCCAAGAUCUUAUCGAGUUCCAGUGACAGUGAUCCAGAUCAGUUACAACGAGCUAACAAUACAAAUCCUUUUCUAGACAAUUUACCUAAAACCACACAACAACAACCAAAUAACACUGCCUUAAAAUCAAACCAAACAACGACCAAUGAGCCUGCAAUUAACAUUGCGAAUCCUUUUGUGGAAACGAAUAACAUAAACGAUCUCACUUCGAAUAUAGAAGAUCAUUUUGCUGAAAAAGGCAUAGGUCUGCCUAGAUCGUUUAGGAAUCGUUCAUUUUCUGAAACCGAGGCGCCCGAUAAAGAGGAAUCGGCCACAAUUUCUUUGCGUAAUCUUACCAAUGCAUUUCACACCAGUGCGAAUACCACACCCAAUCCGGGUAAUCCUUUUUCACAUGUGGCCCGUAAAAUCAAAGGACCCCAUAUGCUGCAGAAAACUAUAUCCGAAGAUUUUCUAUUUCGUAAAAUUGGCACUGGUUCAAUGGGACAGAGUGGAGCUAAUGGUGCUAUUAAUGGAAAUAAUGGCACGAAUACCUGGAGUUUUGGUCGCCUGCUAAUGCAAGAGGAUGCUUCGUUUAAUUUGUGGCGUCGCAAUAGUUCACAAACCUCUUUGGAUUCGGGCAGCAUGGCUUCGUUGGAUGGGGUUAAUUUGGAACGUGCAAUAUCCUGUGAUUCAGUCGAUUCGGAUUUAUCGACAACCGGUUUUAAUAGUGAUUUCGAUCAGGCGACUUAUACACAGAUUACGGGGUAUUUGUGUGUAGGCUUGCACUAUGACAAGAACUCACUAACGGAGGAGGGCAUGGAUUUGCAAGUGAGUGUUUUGGAAGCCAAAGGUUUGGUUCUACCAUUCAAAGUGGACUCUGUGGAUACGUUUGUGCGCAUAUAUUUAGUACCAGAUCAAGCUGGAGCCUUACAAACAAAGGUUGUUAAAGAUUCUCCCACGCCAACAUUCAAUGAAACUCUUAAUUUCUGGUUGACCCGACAACAAACACGCCACUCCUUAUGGUUUCAUUUGUAUCACAAUGGAUCAGCUCAUACACUAAUCGGUGAAGCUGAAAUGGAAAUUGGUGAAAUGCCAAAACCUAUUACCACAUGGAUACCCCUCACCGAUUCGCGUAAAUGCAAUGCCAAAUGGGGUGAAUUAAUGUUUUCUCUCAGUUAUUUGCCGACGGCCGAACGUCUAACGAUUGUUGUGGUUAAGGGCCGCAAUCUACAACUACAAGUGCCAAGUAAGGGAGAUCCCAAUAAAUUACAGGAUGUACAAAAUGUAUUUGUUAAGGUCUAUUUAAUGAACAAUGAGAAGAAAGUUCUCAAGAAACGUACUUCGUUGAAACGCAAAGAUCGUUGUCCGGUCUUCAAUGAAUCCGUGAUAUUUAGUUUACCGCCACAAAGUCUGACAACGACACAAUUACGCCUUACGGUAUUUGGUGUAAUUGAUGAGACUACGGUUACGCCACUUGGUCAUGUUGUAGCAGGUAGUUGUGCUACCGGCAAGGGUUUACGUCAUUGGCAUCAAAUGCUUUCAUCUUUACGCAAGCCGGUUGCAAUGUGGCAUGUUUUGAGGCGUGUCACAAAUCAACCGGUAUUUACUGGCGGUGCAGAUGCAGUGGUCGCCGCUAUGCAAACUACAGCUCAACGUGCCAAGCGGAAUAGUGUAUUCUAA